AUGGCGAGACCCCAAGAUACGGCUGUGGCCCGAUUCUAUGGCCUCCCUAAGGUGCGCAAAGACGGCGCUCCUCUCCGACACAUCGUGUCGCUCAAAUGGACUCCAAAGUACGAACUGGCUAAGUGGCUGUUCUGGCGUCUGCAUUUCGUGACUGCUGACUCAGACACCACGGUAUUAUCAUCAGUACAAUUUCUGGAGAGUCUCAAAGCGGUAAGUCUCCAUCCAAAUUGGAUCGUGGCAUCUUUUUAUGUUACAUCGCUUUUUACUAUUAUUCCCCAGGACCUGGCGAUCGAGAAAAUCGAUCUGCUUCUACGAAGCAAAUACAAUGAAACAGAGGAUCGUCUUGGAUACGCCCAAAUCUUUUAG